AUGGAGUCUGUCGAGCCGGUCGAGCAGGCCCAGCCUGUUGCUGGAUCGACUGUCCCAUCUGAGGGGAGUCAGGGGAACCAGCCGUCCUCUGAGCAGGCCCAAAGGAAGAGGAAGAGGACCAAAACGGGCUGUCGUACCUGCCGCAAACGCCGCAUCAAGUGCGACGAGGGCAAACCGAUCUGUAAUAACUGCAUCAAGUCCAAGCGAGAGUGCGAGGGUUAUACGCAGAAGCUCCAGUUUCGUCCGGCCUUUUCCCUUAACCAUCGUCGCCAGCAGGAGCUGAUCAACGCCCAGAGGGCGCAGGGCGGCUCGUCCCAGGCGCCGCUGAUUGCGCCUAAGCCGCCGAUUGUCGAGUUCUCGAAUACCACGCCGCUUACCUAUGCGCAGCAGGCGUAUGGACAAGCUCAUGGUCAUGGACAUGCCGCGGCAUCUUCGAGUUCCGGGGCUACCAGGGGCUUUGUACAGCAGAGGCCUGCGCCGUAUCAACCGCAGAGUCCUUCGCCUCUCUCGACACCCAGCCAGGUCUCAUUUGUCGGGGGGGAUCCGUCACCAAACGCAACUCAGGGAGAGUUCUACGGUGCGCUGGGGAGCCUGCCGUUCCCCAGGCAGACCUUCGAGCCUGCGCCGUUCAUGCAGCCUACGCCGCCGCGCGAGUCUCCCGGUCUGCCAUCUGAGCAGGAGCUGGAGAUGCAGCUCGAGAAGCAGAUAGCCGAAGCCGGCUCAGCAACCUUCCUCGCCGACGGCACCGGCAAAGUGAGCAUGGUCCAGCCCGUUGUCCCCGAUGAGCUCCCCGAAAAAGAAGGUUAUUGGGAACCCGACGACGAAGCCUCGAUCGGCGAAUCCGACGACGAGGCGCCCCCUGAAGACCACCUCGUCCAUCUCCAGUCCAACGACCUCGGCAUCCAGGUCGCCAAGCAACUCGCCCCGGAACACCACCAAUCCGACGUAUAUGGCGUGCGCAUCCGCACCUUCGCCGGCAUGAACGAGUACAAUUUCACGCUCGCCGAAUACACUCCCUCGUCGGCCUCCUCCCCGCUCAACGACCCCCAGACCGCCGCCGUCUUCUGGCACUUUGUCAACAUCACCGGCCAGAGCAUGUCGCUGUACGAGCGCCACCCGUUCGACCCGACCCCCGUCUUCCAGGGCCAGCCGGUUCCCAAGUAUCGGCAGCACAUCUGGACGUACACAUUCCCCAUCAUGGCCUUCAACCACCCGGCCCUGAUGCAAGCCAUGCUUGCGCUCGCGUCGCUGCAGAUUUCUAAACUGCAGGGGUAUCCGCCUACGGCGGCGAUGAAGCACUAUCACUUGUGUAUUAGGAGGAUCGCGAAGAAUUAUCAAAGCCCACAGCGCAGGACGCAGCCGGCUACUCUGGCCGCAACGUUGCUUCUAGGGUUUUAUGAGGUGUGGAAUUCGGAUCAUGAUAAGUGGUGUAAGCAUCUAUGGGGAGCGAGGGCGAUCCUGAGGGAGAUUCCGCUGGGGAGGAUGACGAGGGACGUGCUGGCUUGGAGGAGGAGGAAGUGGGAAGAGGAGGUGAAAAAACAUGUUUGUGAUGAGCAUUGCCUCUUUGAAGGGGGUCGAGGAGAAGGACAGAGGCAUCAUUUUCGCCCCCAGAAUGGAUUGCACGUGCUGGAGGAUGUGGAUACGCGGUUGAUUUGGGAGUUGACGGGCCAGGAGGUGGAGUAUGAACGGCCGGAGGGGUUUGUGUUGGGGGAGGGCGGCGGGGAGUAUAGGAGGGACAAGUAUUUGACGGAGAGGGAUGUUGAGACGUAUGAGCAUUUGAGGGAUCUGUACUGGUGGUAUUUGAAGAUGGAUGUGUAUCAGAGCUUCUUGGGAGGGACGAAGUUGCUUAAGUGGACGCAGUGCACGCCGCGGGGGCCGUUUGGGAAUAUCAAUCAGAUCUACGGCACCUUCGACCACCUCCUUCUCCUCCUCGGCCGGCUCGCCAACUUUGCGUCUCGCGACCUCGCCCGCAAACGCAAAGUCUGGAAGGGCCAUGGCGGCCCUCCUGGCGCGGCCAUGGGUCGCGGAGGCCCUCCAGGCGGUUCUCCCGGAGGUCCCCCCGGUCCCCCGGGCCCUCCGGGUCAAGCUCCCCCAGGUCAGGGACCACCCAUAGGUGCCGGCGCAGGUCGCGGCUCCGGCCCCCCUCCCGGCUUUGGUCCCGCUGGCUUCGGCCGUGGCCACUCCCCGCCCCCAUUCCCCGGUCUUAUGCCCUCCUCAGGCCAAAUCAACAUCCCUCGGGGCUUCUCCCCGCCCCGCGAGCAACCGCCAUCGCCUUCGUCCGACCCCCUCGAUAAUCCCGAAGCCGACUUAGCGGCCGCCACUGCCGCUGCCCAUCGUGAAUGGGAAGAAAUCCGUCGCGCAUUCGAUGUGUUUCGUUCCCGCCUAGGGCCAGAUUUCGAGCCCAUGAGCGCAGAAUACUCCUUCCCGGAGAUGACGCCCUUCGGGCCGGCGCUGAUGUACAGAACUUACAGCAUAGCAGGGAUAUGGAUGAACUACUACAUGGGUAUGAUUAUUUUACACAGGUCGCAUCCGGCGAUGCCUCCGUUGGCGUUAGUAGCCGCAGGGAUGGCCGCUCAGCAGACGGCGCAGUACGCGAAUGAAGUGGCUAGGAUUGCUGCGGGAUUGUAUGAGGAUACGACGGGAUUACAGGAGAUCCCGACGACGUUCAAUGACCUCCACCAACGGCAUUGGCUCAUCCGCCGCGUGCGUGAAAUCGCCCGCCUCACCGGUUGGCAGUCCGCCCGCCAGAUAGCCGACGGCUGCGAGACAAGUUGGCGCAAAGCUCAUGAAAUGGGUCGGGGCCCGGCGUACGAAUCCCCGCCUGAGCUGGGUCCUCUCUUCCCGCCCACCACGCAGACGUGGCAUCGUCCGCGGGGGAUUGAGCGACGCAUUCAUGAGCUACAGGCGGUGCGGAGGGGCGAGGAUAGACUAGUGCUGCAGCGGAGCGAGCAGGCGCAUUAUGCGCUGGGGUUGUUGAGCGUGGAGAGAGAUUUGUAUACGUUGAGGCUGAAAGAUGAGGAGGAAGAGAAGCAAUAG